AUGUCAGACAAAGCCGCUUCGCUGACCAGCGACCAAAUCGAAGAGCUCCUCCUCUCGGCUCGAUACGGCGAUCUUGAGGACCUUCAAGCCACCCUCUCUCCCCUCUUCUCUAGUGCGUCCAAGGUCGCCGAGCUCCUUGCAAGCAUCCAGAACGAGGACUCCAACACACUUCUGCACUACGCAUCUGCCAACGGCCAUCUCAAAGUAGUCCAAUACCUUCUCCCGCACUCCGACCUCCCCUCCCUCCUCGCACAGAACAUCUCUGGCAACACCCCUCUCCACUGGGCAGGACUCAACGGUCACCUCGAAGUAGUCAAAGUACUCGUUGUUCACAUCGAAAAGCUCGAAAAAGAGAAUCCUGAGCAAGCAAAGAGGCUUAACCUCAUCUUCCACCCAAAGACCGAAGCAGCACCCGCAGAUGGAGAAGAGAAGGAACACGAUGGAUCAGAACGAAAGUUGUGGGAUGUGAGGAACAAGGCUGGUCGAGGACCAAUGAGUGAGGCGCAGAUGAGGGAACAGGAGGCUGUGGUCAAAUUCUUGUUGGAACGCAUGAUUGAUGGACCGGAAGGAUCGACGUUGCAGCCUGCUGAACCGCUCCCACCGAAGCCAUCAGUGGAGGGGAGCGUCGAGCAGCAGACUGAGAAGCUUAGCUUGAACAACUAG